ACAUCGAUAGUUUUUGUAAAAUAAAGAUUAAGGAGUGCCGAAUUAUUCAGUAUUUAUGAAUAAAAUCGACACAAAAAAUAUAAUUGGUGUAUAAAUAUUUGUAGCGAUGAGUGCGCUCGACAAGCAAUUAGCUGAUCUACGGAUAUACGCGAACGAGUUAGAUGCAAAACUGCAAGACGAUAUCAAUGCAGCCAAAAUGAAACCGUCUAUCCCUCCGAAAAAAAAUAAAGCACCGCAACCACAAAUACCACAAAGUUACACAGUAAAGUCAGCUUGCGAGCCAUCCUACUCAUCUAGGCUAGAACACGGUAGUCGUACAAGUUCUACCUACUCUAAUUUAGUACCAGUUAAAAGUUGUAUUGUAAGGAAUUCUGCUAGACUUCGAAGCGGUGAUGCCCUUUUAUAUAGUAAUUUAUUGCCACCAGGUGGUACAAAUCAUGUGUACUCCAAUAUCGCCAUGUCGCGAAAUACGGAAAACUUUUAUGAGAGAGAUACACGGUCAGAUGUAUCUAGAAUUAGUGAUUUAGGUGUGCAAUCAAAUUAUAGUGAGUUGAGACGACCAGGAUCAGCUUAUCCACCUUCUUCUGCUUCAGUAAAUGCUCAGGAUUUCUCUACAUAUGGGGGCUCACAGACAUCGUCAACAUAUGAGUCCCUGUAUGAGCCCAUUAAUCCAAGAUCAUGCAGCCAGUUAUCAGGAACAUCUUUGUAUGGUGGGUAUGUUAGCACCACAGUAGAGCCUAUUCCUGUGCCUGAUAAUGCUUUAUACUGUGGAAAUUGUUACCGCUGUGGAGAAAAGAUUAUGGGAGAAACUACUGGUUGUACUGCUAUGGAAAGAAUAUAUCAUAUUAAAUGUUUCUGUUGUCAGCAGUGUGGAAUAAAUCUUCAGGGUAGACCAUUUUAUGCAGUUCAAGGAAAAGCUCUCUGUGAAAGUGAUUACUUGGAAACACUUGAGAAGUGUUGUGUGUGUGGAGAUCCAAUUCUAGACCGUAUACUAAGAGCUACUGGCAAGCCAUAUCAUCCUCGAUGCUUCACCUGUGUUGUUUGUCAAAAAAGCCUUGAUGGUAUACCAUUUACAGUUGAUGCAGUGAAUCGUAUUCAUUGCAUUGAAGACUUCCAUAAAAGAUAUGCCCCUCGAUGUGCGCGUUGUCGUGAACCAAUAGUACCAGAAGGUGGUGCAGAAGAAACAGUUCGUAUUGUAGCUUUGGACAAGAGUUUCCAUAUUGUGUGCUAUUCAUGUGAGGAUUGUGGUGCCUCACUAUGUUCAAGGGAAGAAGGCAAGGGUUGCUACCCAUUAGAUGAGCAUCUUUACUGUAAAGAGUGUAAUGCAAGACGCAUACAAGAUUUAUCUAGAAAUAUUAAUUGAAUAAUAUGAAAGCUUAAACAAGCUUAUACAAAACGUCAUUAUACUCGAUUGAUUCCACUUCCAUUUAUAAUGGUAUUAAUGUAGUAUGUCUUAAAAAAAACCACCAAUUAUUGCUUAAUAAUAAAAUAUAUAA